GCUAUCGUUGCUUUGACACGAUUAAACACAAUGAGGAGCUUCUCUUUGGUUACAGCUUUUCUUCUCUGCAACUGGAUCUCUGUCUCAGGUUCUGAGUCUCAGAUCAUGGAGGUUCAGCCUGGUGAAGAAGUCACACUGACGUGCAACAACAUUUCCAGCGGUCCAACUCAGACAGAGUGGUUCAGACUGAUCCACGGAACCAAGCCCAGCUGUAUCUCCGCUAUGUACAGGGCUGAUGACGAAGCUUCAUUGUGUGAUGGAUUCCAAAAUAGAUUCAAAAUGAGCUCGAACAUCUCUACUGUCUUUCUUAAAAUCAAGCGAGUGAAUUUAUCUGACUCUGGACUGUAUUUCUGUGGACUCUUCAUCGGCCAACACACAGUCAUAGCCAAGGCAAUACAGUUAAACAUUCAAGGCAAUGGUGAAUCUGAUGGUGGAGUAGAUUCCAAGUCUGAAAAAGACUCUGACGGAAUACAAAACCCUGUGACUGUGAUCGCGGGCGCUCUGAUGAUUUUCUCCAUGGUGGCUGUCAUUGUUCUGGUGGCUAAAAUCAGGCAACUUCAGAAAGCUGCUAAUGACGGACUGCAUCCUGAGAGAAACAAGAAUCUGGGCUCUGAUGACCUGAACCCCGCAGCACUGAGGUUCCUUCCAAACACAACAAGAAAUAGGAGGCCUGAAUCAGGGAGACAACUGGAGACUCAUGUUAUUUAUGCUGCCAGCAGAUAGAGUCCGGAAGCAACUACGACUGUAGCAUAACCGAUGCUUUACCCUAUAAGUCUGCCGCCAGAGUCGAUAUUUUUAAAAUAAAGUUCCUAUACUGGU